GUCCCGUCCCUCUCUUCUUUGCUCAAUCGCUGCCAUCGCGGAGACAUCAAUAAACUAGCGGUGCUUUCUCGAUACAAGAUACUAGGAUUACCAUGAGCUCCGCAUUCUCCACGAAAUGUCCGCCGGAACUUCUGGUUGAAUGCUUUCUCUACUGUGUCUACGCAGACGUCCCAGACAUGGACCCCGACUCGGCACCCAUUCUUCUCGCCCGGAUAUGUCGUCGUUGGCGUGAAGUCGUCCUCGAGACGCCACUGCUAUGGUCACGUUUCCGGCUACGAAAGGUAACGAACCAGCCCAACGAGAUCGGUCUGUCAAGUCAGGUACACUCUCCCGCCCUGAUCGCUUUUGGACGCCACCUCCAGCGCUCGAAGAGCAUGCCGCUGACAUGCUCGCUCCGGGAUUCGACACAAGCGGGUGGCGGACGCUAUGAUCCCUUCUUUCUUCGUCUUCUCGAAGAGGCGGAUAGAUGGUACGACAUCGCUCUCGGUGGUCCAUAUAGGCAGUCCGACGUUUAUGUUGCGGCACACCCAACAUCCUUCCCCAAUCUCCAGAGCAUUCAAAUCCUAGACUGGCCAAAUGAUGCCAGCACCUCUCUGCGCUCCAUCUUCACGAGCUCUCCAGAAAUCAAACGCAUCGCUCUCAAGGUCCCCUACAUAUGCGAUUGCCUGAAACUUGUUCCUUCUCUGUCGCAGCUCACAUCCCUCAAGAUUUGGAAGACCUCGAACGUUGCUAUCGAAUGGAGGCAAGAAGAACAUGAGCCUCAUCUCUUCUCUAUUCUCUCUCAAUGCACAUCCCUCGAAUCACUCACCAUCGGCACGUUUCUCUACUCGCAAAUAGAGUUCGAACCUGGUGGAUUCGACGAGCAGCAGACUCAAGCCCCACUUACGCUCCCGUCUCUACGCUUCUUCUCGUUCCCCAUCUCCGACCUCGACUUUCCUUCCAUAUACCUCCGCGCUCUCACUUUCCCCAAUCUCUCUGAGCUGGAAAUCUCGCCCACGUAUAGGCUCAACUUCGAGCUCGCUAGACAUAGAGAUGACCUGAUGAACUUCGUUCAGCGACAUGGAGCAUUGGGAACCGUACGCAAGUUGACGCUCGGACUACCGCCGUCUGCGGAGAUGGAAUGCAGAAUGGAGAUAUUGGAGCAUUUCCCGAAUGUCGUGGAGGUCGAUUUGGCAGAGUCGGAACCAUAUUUGUCCGAGAGCGAGGGAUUUGAUGGGGGAGAG